AUGGCUCCUACACAACAACCUCACGUUGCGGCUCAGCUCCGCCAACUUAUCUACUAUCACCUGGACAACAACCUGCUCAAGAACGCCCUCUUCCUUGCUUCCCGUCUCGUCGCCUAUGAACCUCGCUCCCCCGAAGCGGCCUACUUGCUCGCAUCCUGUCAAUUGCAAUCAGGGUUCCUGAAGGCUGCAUGGGACACUUCACGCGCCGCCGCCGUGAAAGGUACCCACUUGGGAUGCAGUUACAUUUUCGCUCAGUCUUCUCUCGAGCUCGGUCGGAUUGUCGAAGGUCUCACGGCCUUGGAAAUGUGCAAACACCUCUGGCAGAACAGAAACACGUGGGGUCAGCACAACGAGUCGAGACGCCAGCAUCUUCCUGAUGCCGCGGCCAUCCUAUGCCUCAAAGGCAAGCUCUGGAAGGCACAUAAAAAUCUGAACCAGGCUGUCGAGUGUUGGGCGGCGUCUCUGAAACUGAACCCGUUCAUGUGGGAUGCCUUCACCGAGUUAUGCGAUUCAGGCGCGAAGAUUAGUGUGCCGAAUAUCUACAAGCUGAAUAAUGAGAUGGUAGCGGCCGCGCAUUCAGCACAACAGCAGAGCGUAAGGGUUGAGAACGUACCGGCCGAGAAGGGAGCACCAUCAGAUCCAUUUGUCUCGACACAAAAGUCAAGUCUGCAGCAACAAUCGGGCAACUCAGUGCUAUGGGAAAAGCUCAAUGGAAGCAAAAUGAGCGUCAACACGGUCAGCACGAUUUUGGAUGAGGAGGGUCUUGCUACUUCCUCAACAGAGGCCGAAGCGGAAGGUGUCCUUCACGGCGCGCCACUCAACAACCAAUUUCACGAACCACCGCCGGCCCCAGUCAGAAAAGCCAAGGCCUUGACGGAAACACAGACAGAUCCCCCUCCUAGGUGGAAGUCAGGAUCUACUCGGAUAAGGGCAAAAGCAAAAGGUUCAUCGGAUGAUUCUACUACCGUCUUACAAGAUCCCCCUCCGCAGCCACUACCGGCAGCACCGUCUAAGAGAACGGUCUCGGGCCAGCUUGCGCCAACGUCGUCUCAUGCUGCUCCCUCAAGCAUUGCCGAAGGAACGAGAAGAAGCAAUCGACUGCUCAACACCACCAGACCACCCAGUGCGACCAGCACGGCUGGGAGCAAGAUUUCGUCUCUGGCGAAUACGCUCGGUCUACGAGAAGGACGGGAUAUCAGAAAAGCGAAGGCCCCAGCCCCGAAGGGCAGGACAGCAAACACAUCGACCGUGGGCAGAGUCGUGAGCGGGAAUAGAACGAGGACCGGAUCGUCAGAUCAAAUGGAUGUGGACACGAAAGAACAGAAAAAUAUGCCGAACGCCAACGCAGCUCCUCCAGUACCGCCUCUCCCAAACCACAAAACACGAGCACCGUCGACCGCGGAUAGAGAAAUCGAAGCACUCCAGACGCUCUUAGACCUGUGCGGGAGAAUUGCUUCUGCUCAGCUCUGCCUGUCCAAUUAUGACUGUCAAACCGCCAUCCAGGUAUUGAAUGCCCUUCCUUCGUCACAACGUGAAACGCCUUAUGUCCUCAGUCAAAUUGCCAAAGCGUACUACGAACAGGCCUCGUACACCGAGGCAGAGAAAUUCUUCAUCCGCGUGCAUCAACUCGCCCCCAAUCGUCUCGAAGACAUGGAAGUCUACUCCACCGUUCUCUGGCACUUGAAAUCAGAGAUUGAACUUGCCUACCUGGCGCAUGAGCUCAUCGAAAUUGACCGAUUAUCCCCUCAAGCGUGGUGCGCGAUCGGGAAUUCCUUUUCUCUCCAGCGCGAACAUGAACAGGCGCUGAAAUGCUUCAAGCGCUCGACCCAACUCGACUCACAAUUCGCGUACGGAUUCACGCUCCAGGGUCACGAAUACAUCGCCAAUGAGGAAUAUGAGAAAGCACUGGAAGCCUACCGAGCCGCCAUCGCCGCAGAUGGCAGACAUUACAAUGCAUGGUAUGGGUUAGGAAAGGUUUACGAGAAACUGGGCAAGUGGAAUAUUGCGGAGCAGCAUUACCGAACGGCAGCCAGGAUCAAUCCCACCAACGCCGUGUUAAUCUGCUGUAUCGGCCUGGUUCUCGAAAAACAGAAACAUCCCGAAGACGCCCUACUUAUGUACACUCGCGCAUGCAGCCUGGCGCCUCAGUCGGCCUUGAGUCGAUUCAAGAAGGCAAGAUGUUUGAUGAGCCUAGGGCGUCCGAGGGAAGCGCUUGUCGAACUGAUGAUCUUGAGGGAUGUGGUACCGGAUGAGGCGAAUGUGUGGUUCUUGAUGGGACGGCUAUACAAGACCUUGAGAGACAAAGGUAAUGCGGUGAGGGCCUUUACGAUGGCGCUAAACCUGGAUCCAAAGGCCGCUCAGUUCAUCAAAGACGCAAUGGAGAGUCUGGAUGAUGAUGACGACGACGACGAUGAGGAUGAAGACAUGGAGUGA